AUGGAUAAAGUACUGACGCUUGAAACUAUCAAUCCCAAUAUGAUAAAAAUCGAAUAUGCGGUACGUGGGCCAAUCGUGGAACGUGCUCUUCAAAUCGAAAAAGAACUCAAGAAUGGUGAUAAAAAAUCCUUCAAUGAAGUUGUCAAGUGUAAUAUUGGUGACUGUCACGCAACUGGCCAAAGGUUUAUAACGUUCGUACGUCAAGUCACUGCUCUGGCAACUUUUCCCCAUCUCCUCGAAGAGAAGAGUUUUCCAGAGGAUGCAAAAUCAAGAGCUAAGGAUUUGUUAACAGCUUGUUCUGGUUCUAGUGUCGGUUCCUACAGUCACUCUCUGGGGCUGGAGUUAGUUCGUAAAGAUGUAGCAAAGUAUAUACAUCAACGCGAUGGUAUUGAGUCUAACUGGGAGAAUAUUUUUCUAGCUUGCGGGGCUACGGAGGCUGUCAAGAUGUUACUGGAAAUGAUAUCCACAACCGGUCGAGGCAGUGAACGCGCAGGUGUUAUGAUUCCAAUACCACAAUAUCCUUUGUAUUCAGCUACGAAUUCCGAAUACAAUAACUUUCAGAUUAACUACUACUUAGAUGAAAGUGACAACUGGUCCUUAUCUGCUGAUGAAUUGAAACGAGCACUAACGAGCGUCAAAGGACAGUGUAUACCGAAAGCCAUAGUUAUAAUUAAUCCAGGAAAUCCAACGGGUCAAGUACUUCCGCAAAAAUGUAUGGAAGAUAUUAUUAAAUUUGCAGUUGAUAACCGACUGAUUUUGAUAGCUGAUGAAGUUUACCAGCAAAAUGUUUACCAGCCGGACAAAUAUCCAUGGGAAAAUUGGAAUUGGCCUCACUCAUGUCCUGUAGCAAAGGUUACAUGGGAGAAUGUGGAUAUCGCGGUGGAUAUUGUGAAUUAUUAA